AUGCUGGCGGUGCGCCACGUGCUGUUCGUUGCUGCCCUCCUGCUGCUGUGCGGGAUUGUGCCGGCUGUUGGGGCAGCACCUAGAAAAAAGAACGAAGCGAAAGAAGCUCUUUCUAUUGUUAAGCAAUAUGUUGAGAAUGCAAAGGAAUCCGUGGAAGAGGUCUACAAGAAGGCUGCUACACCUAAGAAUGCUUUGGAAGAGGUGUUAAAGGCUGUGAGGAGCGCGCAAAGUGAAGCUGAGGACCUGAAAAAGACUGUUGAAGCUGGCGUUGAGCAUGAUAAGGCUACGGAUGUUAAAAAAAAAGCCCAGAAAGCCAUGACAGCAUCUAGGACAGCAAAGCAGCUUCUUAUUAAAUUGUCAGAAAGUUCAAACAUCGUAAAGGUCGAAGCGAUUGCAGCAGCGGAGAUUAUUAUGGCGGUUAUGGAGGAAGCUACAAAAGUAGUGGAUCUGCCCGAUAGUCCACUCUCAGAGUAUGCAAACACAGUGUCUAAACACGCAGAGGUCACUCGGGCAUCGCUGGCUGAGGUUAAGAAUGGUGCCGAAUCUUCAUGUACCGAAUCAAUGGCGGCCCAGGAGAGCGCCGAAAACGCGGAGUCAAAUGCGAAAAAGGCAGCAGACCAUUCUGAGUUGGUCGAGGGUAUCGGAACAGAAAGUGCGGAUGUAAUGCACACUGGUUUUAAUAAGAAGGAAGCAGAGAGGUACGCAGAGGUCGUAGCGAACUCCGCUGGCAAGACACUGGAAAAAGCUCAAGCUGCAGCGGAUAAAUCCACAACUGCAUUUGACAACGCUGAGAAGGCAUUUCAGGCAGCUCAACAGAUGGUGGCGGCAGUAGAAGCCGCUGAGGAAGCUGCCGAAAACGUUGCGAAACAAACUCAGAAAGGGGUCCUGCAGACGAAGAACUCUCAGAAGAGCAUUCCGGUUCCCCCUGAGCAACAUGAACAUCUCAACGAGGAGCCUGCCAGGACCGACUUGGACCGAGAUAAAAACAGGCAGGAUGUGCCGCCUUUGCCACCACAGAAAGGACCUGAGGGAGAACAGCAUCAAGAUGCGCUGCAGGGACCCCCGGCAGAUGCACAUCCCGUUGACCCGGCGGCUCAACGUGGAGGGGGUAACAGAGACCGGCAGGAUUCUCCUGCAGGGGCGUUAGAGCAAAGACUGAGCGAAGGGAAAGCAGGCGAUCCUUCAGCCUUGUCAGCGGCGCCUGGAAACGCAGAAGAUACGAACAGGGCCGAAGAGUUGCCACACAAGAAGCAGACGAGUGGAAGAGUCCCCGAUGCUCAAUCGAAUGUGGAUCAGCAUGCCGUUACAUCGCAGGAUGUGGCUUCUCCUGAGCGGAUUACACAUGGAUCGCCUUCCAACACAAGUCCUGAUCGUGGUGCUGCCGCAGCCCGCCAUGGAGAAAAGGACAAUACCGAUGAGUCCCCUAAUACCGAUGCAGAAUCUGCGGAGUCCAUUGCAGCAGGCGAGACACACAGUGCGUCAGGUGCCGCUUCGGCUGCUGAUGCAAUGAAUGCCCCAUCAGGGGCGGCAACCACGGGGGAAGACACUACUGCUAACAACGAAGGUGCCGAUGGGAAGGCGACGUCUCCAGUGGAGGUCCCAUCGAAUGCGGCCACUACUGAUCCUACACUCGCACUGAGCGGGAUCAGCAGCGGAGUAAACACCAACCAAGAUGCAGACGGCGACGGUCGCUCAGCUUGCGUGAGUGCGCUGCUGCUGCUGCUGCUUGCGGUGAUGAUCUGCGUGGCUGUGGAGUGA